UUCUCCUGCAAAUCCACUGUUAGCGGGGGCUUACAUAUGCCAGGCUUAGCAUAGCAGGAGCACGUAUCUCACGCAGAGCCGAGCUAUCUGGACGAAUGCUUCAAGGCACUUGUCAUGGUUUACGCGACCCGUUCAGGAAUCCCUGUGAGUUUUUGGAGUUCACGCUCAGCGGAGUGUCAUAAUUCGUAGGCAUGUACCUGCACUGCGGUGCUGUUGAGGACACGGAUUCGCUGUCCAGCUGGUGGAACGGCAAUGUGGCGUCACUUUUGGACAACCACAGGUGGCAGUACGCACAGACGGGCAACACGCUGAUUCAGCUGCCAGGAUUUCGCAGGAAUGAAGAAAUGAAGGCGAUGGAGGUGUUGCCCAUUUUAAAAGAAAAAGUGGCCUUCUUAUCAGGGGGCAGAGACAAGCGUGGCGGUCCAGUUUUAACAUUCCCAUCACGAACCAACCAUGACCGAAUACGACACGAGGAUCUCCGCAGACUCAUCGCCUACCUCGCCGGCAUCCCAAGCGAGGAUGUCUGCAAACAUGGCUUCACGGUCAUCGUGGACAUGCGUGGCUCCAAAUGGGAUUCCAUCAAGCCUCUGCUGAAGAUCCUCCAGGAGUCGUUCCCCUGCUGCAUCCACAUCGCCCUCAUCAUCAAACCAGACAACUUCUGGCAGAAACAGAGGACCAAUUUCGGCAGCUCCAAGUUUGAGUUUGAGACCACAAUGGUUUCUUUGGAGGGCUUAUCGAAGGUGGUGGACCCAUCCCAGUUGACGGCUGACUUUGAGGGCAGCCUGGACUACAACCAUGAAGAGUGGAUUGAAAUCCGCGUGGCCUUCGAAGACUUUACAGGCAAUGCUCGGCACCUGCUCGCCCGGCUAGAAGAGAUGCAUGAAACGGUGACGCGUAAAGACUUACCGCAGGACUUAGAUGGAGCCCGACGGAUGAUAGAGGAGCACGCGGCUUUGAAGAAGAGGGUGAUAAAGGCUCCGGUGGAGGAGGUGGACAAUGAGGGCCAAAGGCUCCUGCAAAGGAUCCAGAGCAGUGAGAGCUACGCCAACCGAACUGUGCCUGUGCCGCCUGGUCAGAGGGAAGGGCAGGGGCAGCCCAACGCCGACACCCAGGGCCUGGUGCCCCGUAUUACAGCUCUGCUGGAGAAACUGCACAGCACCAGGCAGAACCUGCACCAGUCCUGGCACAUCCGCAAGCUGCAGCUGGACCAGUGCUUCCAGCUCAGGCUGUUCGAGCAGGACGCUGAGAAGAUGUUUGAUUGGAUCAUGCACAAUAAAGGGCUGUUUCUGGCUGGAUACACUGAGAUCGGCAACAACCACCCUCACGCCAUGGAGCUGCAGACCCAGCACAAUCACUUCGCCAUGAACUGCAUGAAUGUUUACGUGAACAUAAACCGCAUCAUGUCUGUGGGGAACCGGCUGCUGGAGGCCGGUCAUUACGCGUCGCAGCAGAUCAAGCAGAUCUCAGGUCAGCUGGAGCAGGAGUGGAAAGCUUUCGCCGCUGCGCUGGACGAGAGGAGUGCUCUGCUGGAGAUGUCUGCUACCUUCCACCAGAAAUGCGACCAGUACAUGAGUAAUGUGGACUCGUGGUGUAAAGCGUGUGGAGAAGUGGAUCUGCCCUCAGAGCUGCAGGAACUGGAGGACGCUAUACACCAUCACCAGGGCCUGUAUGAACACAUCACCGCUGCCUACUCGGAGGUACAGAGCCGCGCUGCUCCAAAUCACUACUCUGAAAGAGCCUUUAAGAGAACACAUCUUGAAGUGAGCCAAGACGGAAAAGCCUUAUUGGACAAACUUCAGCGCCCCUUGACGCCCGGCAGUGCUGAUUCGCUGACAGCUUCCGCCAAUUACACCAAGGCGGUGAACCAUGUUUUGGACAUCAUCCAUGAGGUUCUGCAUCACCAAAGGCAGCUGGAGAACAUCUGGCAACAUCGCAAGGUCCGGCUGCACCAGCGUCUGCAGCUGUGUGUUUUCCAGCAGGACGUUCAGCAGGUUCUGGACUGGAUUGAGAACCAUGGCGAGGCAUUUCUCAGCAAGCACACAGGGGUGGGAAAAUCUCUGCAUCGCGCUCGAGCUCUGCAGAAACGCCAUGAAGACUUUGAGGAAGUGGCUCAGAACACGUACACAAAUGCGGAUAAGCUUCUGGAAGCGGCAGAGCAGCUGGCCCAGACAGGCGAGUGUGACCCAGAGGAGAUCUAUCAGGCCGCUCAUCAGCUGGAGGACCGAAUCCAGGACUUUGUUCGGCGCGUGGAGCAGCGCAAGGUCCUGCUGGACAUGUCAGUGGCUUUCCACACUCACGUCAAAGAGUUGUGGACGUGGCUGGAGGAGCUGCAGAAGGAGUUGCUGGACGAUGUGUACGCCGAGUCUGUGGAAGCCGUGCAGGAUCUGAUCAAGCGUUUCGGGCAGCAGCAACAAACCACACUGCAGUUCACUGUAAACGUCAUCAAAGAAGGAGAAGAUCUCAUCCAGCAGCUCAGAGACCUGGCCAUCUCCAGCAACAAGACGCCUCACAACAGCUCCAUCAACCACAUCGAGAGCGUCCUGCAGCAGCUGGAUGAGGCUCAGGCUCAGAUGGAGGAGCUUUUCCAGGAGAGGAAGAUCAAGCUGGAGCUUUUCCUGCAGCUCAGGAUCUUUGAGCGGGACGCCAUAGAUAUUAUCUCAGAUCUGGACUCGUGGAAUGAGGAGCUGUCGCAGCAGAUGAAUGAGUUUGAUACAGAAGACCUGACGCUGGCUGAACAGAGACUGCAGCACCAUGCUGAUAAAGCCCUGACCAUGAACAACCUGGCCUUCCACGUCAUCCACCAGGGCCAGGAACUGCUGCAGUACGUCAACGAGGUGCAGGCGUCUGGUGUGGAGUUGCUGUGUGACCGUGAUGUGGACAUGGCCACCCGUGUUCAGGACCUGCUAGAGUUUCUACAUGAGAAACAGCAAGAGCUGGACGUGGCUGCAGAACAGCAUCGCAGACACCUUGAGCAGUGUGUGCAACUGCGCCACCUACAAGCCGAAGUCAAACAGGUUCUGGGUUGGAUCCGUAAUGGCGAGUCGAUGCUGAAUGCAGGUCUGAUUACGGCCAGCUCUCUUCAAGAAGCAGAGCAGUUGCAGAGAGAGCAUGAGCAAUUCCAGCAUGCUAUCGAGAAAACCCAUCAGAGCGCCCUGCAGGUCCAGCAGAAAGCCGAAGCCCUGCUGCAGGCCAAUCACUACGACAUGGACAUGAUUCGAGACUGCGCGGAGAACGUGGCUUCCCACUGGCAGCAGCUCAUGCUGAAGAUGGAGGACCGGCUCAAGCUGGUCAACGCCUCCGUGGCCUUCUAUAAGACCUCUGAACAGGUUUGCAGUGUUCUGGAGAGUCUGGAGCAGGAGUACAAGCGUGAGGAGGACUGGUGCGGAGGAGCUGACAAACUGGGACCCAACUGUGAAUCGGACCACGUCACACCCAUGAUCAGCAAACACCUGGAGCAGAAAGAGGCUUUCCUCAAGGCCUGCACGUUGGCCAGGCGUAAUGCAGACGUCUUCCUCAAAUACAUGCACAGGAACAGCGUCAGCAUGCCCGGGAUGUUGAGUCACGUCAAAGCUCCAGAGCAGCAGGUCAAAAAUAUCCUGAAUGAGCUGCUGCAGAGGGAGAACCGCGUGCUGCACUUCUGGACUAUGAGAAAGAGGAGGCUGGACCAGUGUCAGCAAUACGUGGUGUUUGAACGCAGCGCCAAACAGGCUCUGGAGUGGAUCCACGACACUGGCGAGUUUUAUCUGUCCACACACACGUCCACCGGCUCCAGCAUACACCACACACAGGAGCUGCUGAAGGAGCACGAGGACUUCCACAUCACAGCCAAGCAAACCAAAGAACGGGUGAAGCUGCUGAUCCAGCUGGCAGAUGGUUUCUGUGAUAAGGGUCACUCUCACGCCGCUGAGAUUAAGAAAUGGGUGACAGCGGUGGACAAACGCUAUCGAGAUUUCUCGCUCCGCAUGGACAAGUACCGCACAUCUCUGGAGAAAGCACUCGGCAUCUCCUCAGACUCCAAUAAAGCUAGCAAAGACUUGCAGCUGGACAUCAUCCCUGCCAGUGCUCCGGGGUCAGAGGUCAAACUCAGAGACGCUGCUCAUGAGCUCAAUGAAGAGAAGCGCAAGUCUGCCCGCAGGAAGGACUUCAUCAUGGCUGAGCUGAUCCAGACAGAAAAGGCCUAUGUGCGAGACUUGAGAGAGUGCAUGGACACGUAUCUGUGGGAGAUGACCAGCGGCGUGGAGGAGAUCCCACCAGGCAUCGUCAACAAAGAGCACAUCAUUUUUGGUAACAUGCAAGAUCUGUACGAGUUCCAUCACAAUAUAUUCCUCAAAGAGCUGGAGAAAUACGAGCAGCUUCCUGAAGAUGUGGGCCACUGUUUUGUGACUUGGGCUGAUAAGUUCCAGAUGUAUGUGAACUACUGCAAGAACAAACCAGACUCCACUCAGCUUAUUCUUGAACAUGCCGGAGGAUACUUCGACGAGAUCCAGCAGAGGCAUCGCCUGGCCAACUCCAUCUCCUCAUACCUCAUCAAACCUGUUCAGAGAAUAACCAAGUACCAGCUGCUCCUCAAGGAGCUCCUGACGUGCUGCGAGGAAGGCAAAGGUGAAAUUAAAGAUGGCCUGGAGGUGAUGCUCAGUGUUCCCAAAAGAGCCAACGACGCCAUGCACUUGAGCAUGCUUGAAGGGUUUGAUGAGAACAUCGAGUCCCAGGGAGAGCUGAUCCUGCAGGAGGCGUUUCAGGUGUGGGAUCCCAAAACUCUGAUCCGCAAGGGAAGAGAACGACACCUGUUCCUCUUCGAGAUGUCACUGAUCUUCAGCAAGGAGGUCAAAGACUCCAAUGGCAGGAGCAAGUACAUCUACAAGAGCAAGCUUUUCACCUCUGAACUGGGUGUCACUGAGCAUGUGGAGGGAGAUCCAUGCAAAUUUGCUCUCUGGGUUGGACGAACCCCAACUUCUGACAACAAGAUUGUCCUCAAGCUAAGUCAGGGAUGCAAACAUGGAUCAUUGGCGUCCGGUAUUGAGAACAAACAGGACUGGAUCAAGCACAUCCGGGAAGUGAUUCAGGAGCGCACCGUUCACCUGAAGGGGGCGCUGAAAGAGCCCAUUCACAUCCCCAAAGCCUCCACAGCCAAACACAAGGGGCGCAGGUACACCCCAAGGGAUGGAGAGGAUCUGGACAGUCAGGGUGACGGCAGCAGUCAACCAGACACCAUCUCACUGGCCUCCAGGACCUCACAGAACACACUGGACAGCGACAAGUUGUCUGGUGGCUGUGAGCUGACGGUGGUCAUCCAUGACUUUAUGGCCGGUAACAGUAAUGAGCUGACCAUCCGGAGAGGACAGACGGUGGAGGUGCUCGAGAGACUUCAUGAUAAGCCGGACUGGUGUUUGGUUCGCACCACAGACCGUUCGCCGGCGCUGGAGGGCCUGGUGCCCUGUGCCAUGCUCUGUAUCGCCCACUCCCGCAGCAGCAUGGAGAUGGAGGGCAUCUUCAACCACAAAGAUGCACUCUCUGUAUGCAGUAAUGAUGCCAUCAUGCCAGGCUCCUCUGCCACCCUGCAGCCGGGUCAUGUGAUGGGUUCCCAGAGUUCUCCUGGACCUAAAAGGCCUGGCAACACAUUAAGGAAAUGGCUGACCAGUCCUGUGAGGAGACUGAGCAGCGGUAAAGCUGACGGACACGUCAAGAAGCUGGCACACAAACACAAGAAGAGCCGUGACGUCAGAAAGAGCGCAGACGCCGGUUCACAGAAAGACUCGGACGACAGCGCUGCGACGCCACAAGAUGAGACCCUCGAGGAGAGGGUGCGUAAUGAGGGUCUGAGCAGCGGCACGCUCUCCAAAUCCUCCUCUUCAGGGAUGCAGAGCUGUGGAGAGGAAGAGGGAGAGGAAGGAGCUGACGCUGUGCCUCUUCCUCCACCAAUGGCCAUCCAGCAGCACAGCCUCCUCCAGCCGGAUGCGCAGGAUGACAAGACGUCUUCACGUCUUUCCGUCAGACCCUCCAGUUCUGAGACCCCCAGCGCUGCAGAGCUCGUCAGUGCCAUUGAGGAGCUGGUCAAAAGCAAGAUGGCUCUGGAAGACAGACCCAGCACUCUGUCAGUGGAGCAGGGCGACAGCAGCAGCCCUUCAUUCAACCCAUCUGAUAACUCUCUCCUGUCCUCCUCCUCUCCAAUCGAUGAGAUAGAGGAACGCAAGACCGGUUUCUUCAAGAAGCGCCAUUACGUCCUGCUGGAGCUGAUCGAGACGGAGAGAGACUAUGUGCGAGAUCUCAGUUUGGUCGUGGAGGGCUACAUGGCCAGGAUGAGGGAGGACGGGGUUCCAGAUGAUAUGAAAGGAAAAGACAAGAUCGUUUUUGGAAACAUUCAGCAGAUAUAUGACUGGCACAAAGAUUUCUUCCUGGGAGAGCUUGAGAAGUGCCUUGAGGACCCUGACCGGCUGGGCCCUCUCUUCCUCAAACAUGAGCGGAGACUGCACAUGUACAUUGUUUACUGCCAGAACAAACCUAAAUCUGAACACAUCGUCUCAGAGUACAUCGACACAUAUUUUGAGGAUCUGAAGCAGCGUUUGGGUCACAGGCUUCAGAUCACUGAUCUGCUCAUUAAACCUGUACAGAGAAUCAUGAAGUACCAGCUGCUGCUGAAGGAUUUCCUCAAAUUUUCCAAAAAAAUCGGAACAGAUUCGAUUGAAUUAGAGAAAGCGGUUGAGGUCAUGUGCAUUGUACCAAAAAGAUGCAACGACAUGAUGAAUGUUGGUCGACUCCAGGGGUUUGAUGGAAAGAUUGUUGCUCAGGGGCGUCUCCUACUCCAGGACACCUUCAUGGUGGCCGAACCAGAGGGAGGCCUGCUGAACAGGAUGAAGGAGAGGAGAGUCUUCCUCUUUGAGCAGAUCGUCAUCUUCAGUGAACCUCUAGAUAAAAAGAGGGGCUUCUCCAUGCCUGGCUAUUUGUACAAAUACAGCAUCAAGGUGAACUGUCUGGGACUUGAGGACAGUGUGGACGGAGACCCCUGUAAAUUUGCACUGACCUCCAGAACGUCCAAUAGCAGCAAAGAUGCCUUCAUUCUGCACUCGAGCCAUCCUGGAGUACGACAAGUCUGGAUGCUGCAGAUCAGCCAAAUCCUGGAGAGCCAACGCAAUUUCCUCAAUGCACUUACAUCUCCUAUAGACUACCAGAGGAACCACGUGGAGGGUCCUGGUGUGUCAGGCAGCGGUGUACAGGCUGGAGGCAGCGGGGGGCAGAUGAUGGCCCCUGGAGGAGGAGUAGGGGUCCCGGCUGGGCCGGGUUCCCGUUCUCGUCCGUCCCGUAUCCCCCAGCCCUCGCGCUUGCCUCAACCGCUCCGUCAUCACUCUCCUGCCCUGGGGCCUGGAGCCCACGAGCAUGACGGCCCCGACAAACUAUCAGGUAUGUCCCCAAGACCUCUCUCCAGGGGUCCCUCACCCUCAUGCACCACAGAGCCCGAGCCAAAGGUGAAGCUUCCUGCGAGCCCUCACCCCAAACAGACGGACUCCCAACAGACAGAAAGCCCAGCCAAAGAGAUCCCACGAGCCACUGUGGCCCCGCUGGCUCUUGUCAAACCCAGACCUGGAACGGUUUCACCAAUGGCCUCUCCGUUAGCCACACCGGCUUUCAAAGACUCCAUUCCACCCUGUAGUCCAGGCCCGAAGACUGGCAGCAGCUCGUUUUGGAGCUCAGUGCCCGCGUCCCCCGCCAGCAGGCCUGCUUCCUUCACCUUCCCCGGGGACGCCUGCGACACGCUGAGCCGACCAAAUCACAACCAGAGUCAGCGGCACUCCACCCACAGUAAAGACGCAGACCGUAUGAGCACCUGCUCCUCUACCAGUGAGCAGUCUAUCCAGUCCACUCAGAGCAAUGGGAGUGAAAGCAGCAGCAGCAGUAAUAUCUCCACCAUGUUGGUGACUCAGGACUAUGUGGCUCUGAAAGAGGAUGAGAUUAAUGUGGGUCAGGGGGAGGUGGUGCAGAUCCUGGCCUCCAAUCAGCAGAAUAUGUUCUUGGUGUUUCGUGCCGCUACUGAGCAGUGUCCUGCCGCCGAGGGCUGGAUCCCCGGAUACGUGCUGGGACACACAUCCGCCAUCAUCCCUGACGCUCCAGACGGAACCAUAAACAGGAAAUCGUCAUCAUCAUGGCACACAUCCCUCCGUAUUCGAAAGAAGUCAGAGAAAAGAGAAAAGGACAAUAAAAAAGAGGCCAAGCUGGAAAACGGCUACCGGAAAUCCAGAGAGGGACUGACCAACAAGGUCUCUGUGAAGCUUCUAAAUCCCAAUUAUAUAUAUGAUGUUCUCCCGGAGUUCCUCGUCCCGCUGAGUGACGUGACCUGUGAUAAAGGCGAGUGUGUGACUCUGAGGUGUAAAGUGUGUGGUCGGCCCAAAGCCACGGUCACGUGGAAGGGACCUGAGCAGAAAACACUCACCAACAACGGCCACUUCAGCAUCGCCUACAGUGAGACUGGUGAGGCCACGCUGCGGAUCGUAGGUGUGACCUCAGAGGAUGAUGGCAGUUACACCUGCAUUGCCACGAAUGACAUUGGCAGUGUGGCAUCAUCAGCCAGUCUCAGAGUGCUGGGCACGACCAGCGAUGGGAUCCGGGUCAUGUGGAAAGACAACUUUGAGUCCUUCUACACUGAGGUAGCAGAGCUUGGCAGGGGACGGUUCUCUGUAGUGAAACGCUGUGACCAGAGGGGAUCAAAGCGGACCGUGGCGGUCAAGUUUGUCAAUAAGAAACUGAUGAAGCGAGACCAGGUGACCCAUGAGUUCAGUGUCCUACAGAGACUCCAGCACCCUCAUCUGGUCAGACUGCUGGACACCUUCGAGACCUCCAGCAGCUACGCACUGGUCCUGGAGAUGUCUGAUCAGGGCCGUCUGCUGGACUACAUCGUGAGCUGGGGGAAUCUCACUGAGGAGAAAGUGGCCUUUUACCUCCGGGACAUUUUAGAAGCUUUGCAGUACCUGCACAACUGCAGAAUAGUCCAUCUGGAUCUAAAGCCUGAGAAUCUGGUGGUGGAGCAGAGCCCGUCUCAGCCGCUGGUCAAGCUGACGGACUUCGGUGAUGCUGUGCAGCUCAACUCCACGCCGUACGUUCACCCUCUGCUGGGGAGCCCGGAGUUCGCAGCCCCUGAGCUGGUCCUCGGGGACCCUGUCUCUCUGUCCUCCGACCUGUGGAGUCUGGGGGUCCUGACGUACGUCAUGCUGAGCGGAGCAUCUCCGUUCCUUGAUGAGAGCGUGGAGGAGACCUGCCUCAACAUCUGCCGCUUGGACUUCAGCUUUCCUGAUGACUACUUCCAGGGAGUGAGUCAGGCGGCGCGUGAUUUUAUGUGCCUGCUGCUCCGGAUGGAGCCAUCCAAACGUCCACCAGCCACCUCAUGUCUACAGGAGCCCUGGUUGAGAGCCGGCGGGGGCCGACGCUCAGCCGAAUGCAUCGAUACCUCCAGACUGAUCUCCUUCAUCGACCGACGCAAACACCAGAACGACCUGCGGCCUCUCACUGGCAUCAGAGCCUUCCUGCAGACUCGAUUACAGCCCAGGAUCUGACCCAAUGAAACAAUCUCAUCCUCUUUCUGACGCCUUCAGUCCUGAGCCAAUCAAAAUGUGUGAGCAUAUCAGAGCCUUGAUUUGCUGCUGCUGCUGCUGCUUCCUUUCCAGACUUGUAAGCAGAGAUUAAAACCAUUUAAAUAUAAAUAUAUAUAUAUAUGGAAAUCAAAUAUUUCUUUGAUUUGCUGAAUGAUCAACAAAUCUACGUAAAAGGACUCUUAUUUUGUGUGUUACCCGCACAAGAGGUUUUUCAAGGAAAGCGAUGCAAAUGCCAUUUUAGCGCGGAGAACAACUUUGUUUUGCCCUUUUGUUUUGCCUGAGCCAGACAGCGAGCGGCUGCUUCUCUGCUUCUAUUUCGUUCGUUUUUUCUUCCAGUGUUCGACAUUUCGUAGAGCGCGUUAAUAAACCACAUUUUCAGGUACAUCUUUCAAUAAAAACAAAAAAAUAACAAAAAACAUGAAUGAAUUUUAAGUGAAAGCUUGUUUUGGUCUACUAGUGUAAUUAGUUGCUUAAUUCAACAACGACAAUGAUGAUGAUGAUGAUAUUUAGCUGCAAAAUUUUUACCGAAUGCAAGUUAAAUUUGUUUUGUUGGUAACUUUAUAAUAACUACACACUGUCAAUCAUUUAUUAAGCAUUAGCAAAGAGUGAAUUCAUUAUCUGUUAAGCAUGAACUC